GGUUGCGACCGGUUGGCCCCACUGCGCGCGCGCACACGCCGCUCUGCGCCGUCGACGUCGCGACGCACUUAGAAACGACACACAGCACCGUUGCUGUACAACACUUUAAAGAUCAAUCUCAACGUCUGUGGGCUUAUAUGAGUAAACAAACAUGUUUAAGUGAUCAGACUCUUGUGUGAAUGGUAUUGACGGUGAGGAAAAAUUUAGCUGAGAAUCAAAUAAUUAAAUCAGGACCAGCCCAGAAGCAGUGAUUAGAACUGCAGGGCCAAGUUUGGUAUGCGGCAUGGAGGCAGACGCGGCUGUCGAAGAGUUUGUCACAAUAGUGCCGGUUGGGGAAAAUAGUACUGUUGUACAGGAUCCAGAAUUUGUUACAGUGCUCAACGUCAGUGUGACAAAAGGCGGCGCUGAAGUUAUUGUAAACAGACCACGUGGUGCUCGAUUAGGUCUAGGACUAAAGUUUGAAGGUGGAUCAGCUGCAACAGAGAAAGUUCGAAGACUUUUAGUACAAUCAUGUGCGGAAGAUAGUCCUGCUGCGAAUGCGUGUACUCCUUGGGGUAAAUUGAUAUCAGGGGAUGAAAUUUUAGCUAUAGAUGGGACUCCAGUAUCUGAAUUAACAAGAAUCGAAUGUGUACGUCGUUUAAAAGAUUCAGAUGAAAGUUUAAUUCUUCUUGUCAGACAUUUUGAAACAUUGGAUAAAGUAGAUCAGCAAAAUAUGGAAACAAAAGAAACAGUGAUGACUGACUCGAAAACUUUUGUUGAUAUAUCAAGACCUCUGACUUUACCUCCCCCCGUCCCUCCGAGGAAAUUGGGUAAGAAAAAUUCCUUUAAGGAUAAAACAACCCUUCAAACUGUGGGUGAACAGAACGCUCUCAUGAAUUUAAAUCUGUCUGACACUGGUAACGAUAAAGAUAGUAUUAUAAGUGCAUUAGUCCACCAACAUUCGAUGGUUUCAACUAUGAAUAAAUUAUCACGGAAAUCGUCUUUUGAUAGCCAUAUACAUCGUCAAACCAAGGAAAGUUUUGCACACUUAAAAAAAGGUUCUCCCGAAGAAGUGAGGCGUCUAGUACGUCGACUAUCAGACGGCAAAACGAUACCACCAGAAGCUGAAGUUUAUAUUGAUUUACUUUCGAAUGAGUGGGAACGCUGUCUUGUCUUAGCAGAUGCUGAAUCAGACGAUACUGGUAGUUCUAUAUCUACUGUAGUCGAUAGACUAGGAUCUAUGGCUAGUUCUGUAGAGAAUAGUAUUCCUUCAACUCCAGUUAUGCAACAGAAAUCAAUUGAUAUUCAAAAGGUACUCAAUAGUAUUGAAAAUAUAGAUUCUGAUAUAUUAAAAGACAUGACGAACGUGAAAUAUUCUGAAACUAAAGUAGAUAGAAAUGAUGAUCUUAAAAGAUGUUUAAGAAAUUCUAUGACAAAUGGACAAAAAGUGUCUAAUACAAAUUCAAACAUAGUUACAGAAAAUAUAAAACCAAAACAAUGUGAAAACGAUAACAAUAACAACGAAACAUCUAAAACUUUGGCACCAAACGAUACGUUUGCGAUAAAUGACAAGAAAAUGAAGGAGGAUGUAGUGCUCGAUAAACCUAAACCAAUGCCACGCAGCACUAAAGUGGAACGUUCUGCAAGUGAAAAGAAACGUCGUCCUGUUCCAAUACCAGAAGUACAGCCUCCUAACAUUUCGGAACCACUUUUAACACCUACAAAGAAAACAUGUAUUGAAUCGUGGUUACAGCGCUCAGAAGCUGAAAUGCAGAAUACCUCGACAGAAAAAAUAGAGGAAACUACUAUUCCUGAAGCAUUACCACGUCUUAUUGACUUUGUCCCCAAGAAUCAGUACAAAGAAAAAAGCAACGAAUCUCCAACAUGUGUUAGACCUACAACGGCUCCUCCUCCACCACCCGUACCUCCACCAGAAACCAGAGAAGAUGGAUCGGGAGCAUCACUUGAUACAAUUGGUGAACUUGAUGAAACCUGCGACGUUGUAGACAACGCGAAACAAACGAAGGAUAUUGAAACGAAUAAAAGAAAAUCACUUUACGAGAGAAACUUCUGGGAUGAUCGAGUUAAUAGAAGUGAUGCCGAAGACAAAAGCCUUUCUAAUGAUGAAACUCCAUUGCCUUCUUGUCCUCGACAACCUCCUGAUGGAGUAGAGACACCUUCUGAUGUUGUUGAAAAAGUCCCAGACCUACCUACAAGAUUACCUCCAACUACUUGGAUAAGUACUCGCUCUAGAUACUCAUAUGCAUCUCGGACUCAAGACGCCAGAAGUGAAGCAAGUGUUAAAGAUAAAAUUGCGAUGUUCUCUGUUGACCUCGCUGCGUCAUCAGAUCGAUUGGAUAAAUGUGGUACGUUACCGGUCAGAUCACAUUCAACAGUAAGAAAAAAUGCGCCUUCUUUUAAAAAUGAUUACACAGAGAUAUCAUCCUUGGAUCGACGUCUUACAAAGUCUCAAGAUAAUUUGGAUGAGACACCUCGCUCAUAUAAACGGAACUUAGACAGACCUGAGGUACUUGGGGCUUUGGAAAACUCACAUAUCGAAAAGAAAGGUUAUAGGUCAAAGCCAUCAGAUAUGUUCGGUAAACCCUUAUUCUAUGGGAGUACGACAACUUUGCCUACAAAUAUAUCAUCUAAUAAAUCUAUUUAUCAUGCACGUAGUAUAAGUGAUGAUAACAGCAACAAAAACUCUGCUUCACAUAAAUCUAAUCUCGAGUAUUUGAUAGAGCAAAGAAAGAAGUCAAUGUCAAAAUUGCGUGGUUUAGUAAUACCUGAAGUUCAAGCCCCUAUUGUAGACUUGCCUGAAAUUAAGGUCAAGGAUCCACCACCAAAAACUUUACUUCAUAAUUUCUCACAGAUUCAAACAACAAAAGAAAGUAAAAGCGGUUCUAAAAAUCCCUUAUUUGUGUCAGAAAAUAAGUGGAAUACCAGCUUUUUAACAAAUAAUAUACCGAAAUAUUCACCAGCAUUCAAACGAAAAUUUCUACAAGUUUAUACGCCUUCUCUAUCGAAGGAAACAACUCCAGAGAGAAAAUUGCCUUCAAAGGUAGACACAAAUGAAAGAAUUAUAAACAAUUAUAACAAUUCUUUUUCGUCUAAACCUGCUAGGAUUACACAAGAAUACCCGAAACCCACGAACAAGUCAACGCAAUUGUUAAAUAAAGAAUUCUAUAAAAUUAACUCCAAUGAUAAAAAUAAUGAUUUUAAAAAUUAUGAAAUCCGAAUUUGCACUACUACAGAUGUUGUGGAUAGUGAUAACGAUUCUGCCAUGAGUUCUACUCAAUCAAGCUAUCGUUCUUCAGCUUCUUCACCUAUGCAUAAUAUGGACCACUUAGAGUCAGAUAGCUCACGAUUGUCUCCCAAACUUUCACACUACAAUACGUAUUCCAUAGUAAAGACAGAAAUCCCGAAUAAGUUACUACCUAUCUCUCAAAAGAACUAUGAGGAAUAUAGCAAAAGAAAAGUUUGCCGAUCUAUGUCUUCGGACACAAAUAUUUCCCUUAGUUCUUCUGCAGGUUCUGCUGCUACAUCAGGAUCACAAGCAAGUUGUAGCUCUCUUGAAAGUUCUGUGGCUGACUCAGAUAAGAGAAAAGUUUCAACAAUAUAUAAUGUGGAUACAAUAAAUCGAAGAAACAUUGUAGCUUCUUCAAAGUGUAGAAGCGGAAGAGAUGUAACGCUUACGUCCCCAGUUAUUGAAACUAAGUUCUCGCAUGAGUCCUACAACAGAUCUCCUAGUCCAACACACAAACCGUCUGAUCGCCUUUCGACGCUCACAUCAACAGUGAGCGCUGUAGCGAAUAAAGGUGAAAACAGACGACGAAAUAAAAAAAUUGUUUCUGAUUCUGAUUCUGAUAAUGAAGAAAAUAUCAGACAGCGCAAACCUGACUAUAAGAAUACAAGAUUAAAACGUAAUUCUAGUACAACGAAUAAAAAUAAUAAAUAUAGUGACAAUGUCCAGGUAACAGAAGUAAUAGAAAAGGAAUCUGUUUUAAAAGAAAAAGUUUCAAAAGGAAAAGAUUGUAAUAACGAAAUUCAGGAUAAUCAGAAAGAUUUAGACAAAAAUAAAUCUGAACUAAUCAACACUACGGGUCUUACGAAAAUUGAAAAGGACAAAGAAAAAAGAAAUGGAAUUACACCCAAAAAAGACGUUCCUGUAAAGUUGCAAAAUGUUAAGCCUGUAUCUAUCCCUGUGAUAAAUUCUAAUAAUGUGCAAGAGAAACCAGUGAAGGUGACUACACAAGUAAUACGUCUUAUAAAGGGAGCUGGUUCUGGGGUUGGUCUUAUAUUAGCCGGUGGAAUCGAUUGUGAGGCUAAGGAUGUAACAGUACAUCGUGUGCUAGAGGAUAGUAUAGCAGCAAAAGCUGGGAUCAAGAGGGGAUCAAAAAUUCAAAGUAUAAACGGCAAUGCUAUGAGCGGAAUGACCCACGCUCAGUCCGUAAAGGUGUUAAAGGAACAGCGUUCAGAAGUCAUCAUAGAAAUAGAACUUCCGGAUAACAGAAAUCUUAAAGACUGCGGCUCUCAACAUUCGGAGUCGAAAGGGCAACAGGGAAUGGACGGAACAAAAUUCCGCAACAAUUCAGGCCGUUCAAUUGUGACUGUUAUAUUAGAAAAAGCCGGGGGUGGUGCUGGAUUGGGUUUUGGCCUAGAUGGAGGAAGAGAUUCUCCUCAAGGAGACAAACCUUUGACUAUAAAAAAACUGUUCGCCGGAGGUGCGGCUGCUCAAAGUGGGAAAGUUUUGGUUGGCGCAGAACUGCUCUCUGCUGGUGGGCAAGCUAUGGAGGGAUUUACUCGUACUCAAGCGUGGGCUGCUCUUAAAGCCUUACCAGCCGGUCAAGUGACUUUAGUGUUAAGGAACCCGUAACAUUAAACCAGCGGCAUUCAUAAUUUUUGUAACAUUUUUUCAAACGACAAGUCAUACUCGUAUAUUCUUAAAAACAUUGUUCUUAAUAUAUUUUGAGUUUAUUAGCUUUGAGAUUAUUCGACUAAAGAUCAGUUAUACAGCUUUAGUCAGCAUUUUAGCAAGACAACAUGUACAUAGUAUGUAAUAUUUUAAAACGCGUAUCGGCUGUAUGUACGCUACAAAGACUGUCAUUCAUUUUAUAUAAUUUAUUACUGUGAAUAAUAUUAAACUAGUCUCGAUGGCACAUGUUGCGACGUUGUUAUUUUAAGUCUGUUAUUGUGAAAUAGUCAUGUUUUGGUGUUUAUUUUGUUAUUCCGGCAGAAAAACUAGAAGUGUGCCAUUAUGAAUUAAAAAGAGUACAAUCAUCACUUCUGUGCAUAAAAUAUAGUGCGCGAUUUAUAAAAUAAUGGAACCAAUUUGUAAUUAAGUUAAAAAAAAUUAUAAUAUUUAUUUUACAAUUCGAUUUUUUUAAUAAUUUUUGACGUAUUAAAUAUGAAUGUGACAGUAAUUGAUGUUUCCCGAAUUCAUAUUUUUAAAUGUUCAAAUAUGUCAAUAAUAAUUUUCCUUUUUUUUCUGUAAACAGAAUAACCUUAUUUAAUUACUUGCCAUUUAUUUUUCUAAUACAGCCCUAUCUUACCAUUAUUAUAUUUAUAAAAUUUAAGUUUUAUUUCUGUAAAUAGCUUUUUCGUUAUAAUCGCUAAUGAUUAUUCACUUAUUUUUUAGAUGCUUUAUUAUUAAACUAAUAAUUUUACAUUGCAUAUUUCAACACUGUUAAUCAACAUAUAUUUUUUAUCCUGCAGUAUGUUUAUUAAAUAAAUUUUGCAUACUAUAAUUGUA